AUAUUUAAUAUUUUGGCCGUGAAGAGAAAAUAAAUUCCCCUUCACAAAGCUCUACUCCUCUAAACCAACACUAAAAUGGUUCAACGCAUUUCACCGUAUUUACAAUCGCGCCAUCUAUUCACGAUUAGCCGUUGAUUCCUCCGAAAACGCAAAUUCAACUCUGCUUCGUCUUCGCUCCUCUUCUGCUGUUCGUUCGUGCAUGAAGAUUUUCUGAGUUCUGUUUUGAUUUGUUUUAGGAGUUGGAAUGGGGGUUAUGGAGAAUAUGCUGCAUUCAGAUUCUCUUAGAACAGUUACGUCGGUAAAUGGUAGUUAUUCUGAAGGGAGGUUGGGAAAAUUGGCAAUGGAUACUGGUCCAUCUAAACCUAAGAGGCGUUCAGUUUCUGCUGUUCGCGAUUUUCCAUCAGGAUGUGGACCACUUGGUAAUCAAAUUCAUUCUCCAGAGGUUUCUGAAACAUUGGUUUCUGCAAAGAGACUGGAGCAAGAAAACGUUUUGACAUCAGAAGAUAAAGUGGUUGUCUCAUCUGACCAGGGGAAUGAACUUGAGUCCAUGAAAGUUGAACCUGUGCAAAUACACUCACCAGUGUCAGAAGCUUUGAAUAAUGCAGUGCUGAGUGAGCCUGUGAAAGUACACUCACCAGUGUCAGAAGCUUCGAAUAAUGCAGUGCUGAGUGAACCUGUAAAAGAUUUAGAAGAUGCAGCCUUUGAUUUGUCGAAGAUACAUGUGGUAGAUGCUUCUGAUUCUACUUCAAAGGAAGAGAUGGUUUCACCAAGUAGUUUUAAAUUAUGCUCACCAUUUUGUGGUCCCAAUGAUGUUCCCACUGGCAGUGGUUUGAAGAAGACCAUGGCUAAAAAUUAUGCUUCACGAAGAACAGUUUCAGCCAUCAGAGACUUCCCGCUCUUGUGCGGUAGAGAUGCUCCGCGUCUUAGUAAGGAAGAAAGCCUGGAAGAGCUUGCUUCUCUGAAGAACAAGAGUUUGCGUCAAGAUAAGUCUGACAUGGACGACAGGCCCUCGGAAGAGAUGAGAAAAGCUGAUGUAAAGCGAAUGGGAGAGGAUGUUCAAGAUGGGGAUGCAGAGAAGAGUGAAUUACAGGGGAAUGUUGCUUCUCUGAAGAACAAGAGUUUGUGUCAAGAUAAGUCUGACAUGGAUGACAGGCCCUCGGAAGAGAUGAGAAAAGCUGAUGUAAAGCGAAUGGGAGAGGAUGUUCAAGAUGGGGAUGCAGAGAAGAGUGAAUUACAGGGGAAUGUUGCUUCUCUGAAGAACAAGAGCUUGUGUGAAGAUAAGUCUGAUAUGGAUGACAGGCCAGCGGAGGAGACUAGAAAAGCUGAUGUAAAGCAAAUGGAAGAGGAUGUUCAAGAUGGGGAUGAGCAGAAGAGUGAAUUGCAGGGCAAUGUUUCUAGAAUAACUGGAGACAAAAUCGGAGCUGAAUCUGAUGGAUGUGCUACUAAAGAAAUCAGGAAGCAGGAUGAAUUUGGAAUGGCUUCUGAGAUGAAGGUGCGGCGGGAUGAUACAAGAGAAAAGUGCACUAGACCUUCUUCUAAAAGUGAAAGUAAUCAACAUCAGUCUGACCGCAAGUCCAAGACAACAGUUAAAAAAGAAUCUAGGGACAUUGGAGGAUUGGAGGAAACAAAGGGGAAGGAGAUUGUGGUUUAUGGAAAGGACUCAAGUCUAAAGAGAAAGCAUUCCGAUAUAUCUGAUUAUCAGAUCCAAUUGCAGGAGGAUUUUGGCAGUUUGGAACCUGAGUUGGAGAGGGCUGUGGUGCAAGGUCUGAUGGCUGCACCACAUUGUCCUUGGGGGCAGGGGAAAGGUGCCUACAAACCAUAUAAAGCUGGUGUUGCUGGUCAAAGCAAAGGAAAGACACAUAAUUCUCUGCAUCUUGUAAAAUAUAAAUCAGCUGUCAAGACAAAGGAUAAAGCUGGAGGUUCUGGAGUGAAGUUAAAAAAGAAGUCAUCUAUCACAGGAAACACUGCUAAUCAUGGUAUAUGUCAAAUGGUUAGUAGAGAUAAGGAGGACUCUCUUGAGGAAGAUGAUGAAUGUAAAAACUUUCAUGUUGCUCCAAGACCACGUAGUUUUGGUGUAAACCUUCCUCCCUUUGAACAGAGUGCAAGUGUUAAACAUCAUGAAAGUGAUGCAAUUACCCGAAGCAAAGUGAGGGAGACACUGCGUUUGUUCCAAGCCAUCUGUAGGAAGCUCUUGCAGGAAGAUGAAGCAAAUCCGAAGGCACGAGGAGGUGGCAAUAAGAGGAUCGAUUUACAAGCAUCACAGAUUCUUAAGAAGAACAGCAAAUAUGUUAACACUGGCAAACAAAUCUUGGGACCUGUCCCAGGUGUUGAAGUUGGUGAUGAGUUCCAUUACAGGAUUGAGCUUAAUAUUAUUGGCCUUCAUCGCCAGAUUCAAGGUGGUAUUGAUUAUGUGAAGCAAGAUGGGUUAGUCCUUGCAACUAGCAUUGUAGCAUCCGGGGGCUAUGCUGAUGAUUUGGAUAAUUCGGAUUCCUUGAUUUAUACAGGUCAGGGAGGAAAUGUAAUGAAUGCAGGUAAAGAACCUGAGGACCAGAAGCUUGAAAGGGGAAACCUUGCUUUAAAGAAUAGCAUGCAGGAAAGGAAUCCUGUUAGGGUGAUCCGUGGAUAUGAUUCCUCAGAUGGAAAAAUGUAUUUCUAUGAUGGGCUAUAUGUGGUGGUGAAAUGUUGGCAGGAUUUAGGGCCGCAUGGUAAGCUGGUUUUCAAGUUUCAGUUGGACAGAAUUCCUAAUCAACCAGAGCUUGCUUGGAAAGAAGUCAAGAAGUCCAAAAAGUUCAAAAUAAGGGAGGGUCUCUGCGUAGAUGAUAUCUCACAAGGGAAAGAGUCAAUUCCCAUUUGUGCUGUGAACACCAUAGAUGAUGAGAAACCUCCUCCUUUUAAAUAUAUAACUAGAGUGAUAUACCCUGAUUGGUGCCGCCCUCUCCCUCCUAAGGGUUGUGACUGUACCAGGGGAUGCUCAGAUUCUGAGAAGUGUUUUUGUGCAGUCAAGAAUGGAGGAGAAAUCCCAUUUAAUCAUAAUGGGGCCAUUGUUGAAGCAAAGUCCCUGGUCUAUGAGUGUGGUCCUUCUUGCAAGUGCUCUUCUUCUUGCCCCAAUAGAGUUACUCAGCAUGGUAUCAAAUUUCAGCUUGAAAUUUUUAAAACAAAAUCUAGGGGAUGGGGGGUGAGAUCCCUUAAUUCCAUCCCUUCAGGAAGUUUUAUAUGUGAGUAUAUAGGAGAACUCCUUGAAGAGAGGGAAGCAGAUCAAAGAACUGGUAACGAUGAGUAUUUGUUUGACAUUGGGGAUAACUACAAUGACAGCUCUCUUUGGGAUGGACUCUUGUCCCUUUUGCCUGAUGCGCAGGCAAGUUCCUGUGAAGUUGUGGUGGGGGAUAGUGGAUUCACCAUCGAUGCAGCGCAGUAUGGCAAUGUGGGAAGAUUCAUCAACCACAGCUGUUCUCCCAAUUUGUAUGCUCAAAAUCUCCUUUAUGAUCAUGCGGACAAAAGAAUUCCUCAUAUAAUGUUCUUUGCUGCUGAGAAUAUUCCUCCCUUGCAAGAGCUGACAUACCAUUACAAUUACAUGAUAGAUCAGGUUCAUGAUUCAGAUGGCAAUAUUAAGAAGAAGAGUUGCUUCUGUGGUUCCAUAGAAUGUACUGGUAGGAUGUAUUGAUGUAGCGUCACAGGAGAAGGUUGGAUUUAUGUUGAAAUAAUUUUCUUGUCUUGUACUUGAAGAUAUCUCAGCGUUGUUUACAUUGGCUCAAAA